AGCAAAUCAUGGCCGAGUUCGAGCUGACAAUGCCGCAGCUGGGGUUGAAGCACGGCGACAUGCUGUAUGCGCGAAUCGCAGCAUCGGCGCGGCCCAGCGCUGAGCCGUCGGCGCAGGAGCCGGCAGAUACGGCGUCGGUCUUCUUUCAGCAGGACGAAGUAGAUAGUCAGUUGGAAAAGGACGAUGGCAAAAUCAAACGCAAGCGUGAUGGCAACUUUUGCAAGCACGGCGACAAGGGCAUGUGCGAGUACUGCUGGCCGCUCGAGCCGUUCGACGACGGGUACCUGGCACAGCACAAGAUCAAGCACAUGUCGUUCCAUGCAUAUCUGCGCAAGACGCUGGUGGACCAGAAGGAUCCUGACUUUGGCGUCAAGGCCGACUGCAAGAGUGGACAUGCACCGUGGCCGGAGGGUAUCUGCACCAAGUGCCAGCCGUCGGCGAUCACACUGAUGCGGCAGCGGUUCCGGAUGGUGGACCAUGUGGAGUUUGCGCACCAGGAACUGGUGGAGCGGCUGCUGGCGUUCUGGCGCGCGACGCGGUGCCAGCGGUUCGGCUAUCUGUUUGGGCACUACGAGCGGUACACGGAGGUGCCUUUGGGCGUCAAGGCGGUGGUGGAGGCAGCGUGGGACGUGGAUGGCAUCAAGCUACCGCUCGAAUCUGAGGAACACACCCAGGAGAUGGAGCGCGCAGCCGAGGCUGCCACUGCAUGUGGGCUGCAAAUCGUCGGCAUGGUGUUCACGGACCUGGAGCCAGCGGAUGAAGCUGGCAAGGUGUUGUUCCGGCGGCAUGGCAACUCGUACUUUUUGACAUCGCUUGACCGGUGCCGGUGGGCGCGUGGGGGCCAUUUCGGCAGCAAGUUUGUCACAGUGUGCAUCAGCGGCAACCAGGACCAGGACGUGGAGAUGACCGCAUGGCAGGUGUCGAGCCAGGCGAUGGCCAUGCAGAAGGCAGACCUGGUGGUGCCCAGCUCGGUGCCUUCGAAGUUGUGUGUGUUGGAGGCAACCAAGACGCGGUACGUGCCAGACAUCUUUUACAAGUACACCAACGAGUACAACCUGCCGGUGACUGCCAACGCCAAGCCGGCAUUUCCCAUCGAGUACCUGCUGGUGAACCUCACAUACGGGUUCCCGAAGCAGCCGAUGGCCAAGUUCCGCCGUCCCGAGCCGUUCCCUAUCGAGAACCGCGAGCAUAUGCACGAGGUGCAGACCCCAGCACCUUUGCGCUCGCGCAUCCAGGAGGCAGUGGCCGACCCGGCCAAGAUUGCCGCUGUGCUCUCGGACUUCCACCUGCUAGUCUACCUUGUCAGCCUGGACAUCUUCAGCAAGGACGAGCUCAAGACUCUCGGCAGGAAUUGCAACCGACCCCGACAUCUGCAGAUGGCGAGUGGAUGGCAGACACUGAGUAUGAUGCUCGAGGCUGCAGAAGCUGCUGGUCCUGCGCCGUCGACCAGCGCUUCAGCCCCUCCGCCGGCGACCAGCGGCGGAACGUGGGCGUGCCGCCACUGCACUUUUGAGAACACGUCUGCCAACGACUCGUGCGAGAUGUGUGCGCUGCCCAGGGAUUAGUGAAAAGUUUGGUAGAUGCCAUAUUAAUGUGAGGUGUGAUGUAGGCUGAAAUAUGAGAACGGCGAUGUAGGCCCUCUUUUUUGCGAUUUCACAUAUAUUUUUCCAUUCUUCUCAUAGUACCAACGGACGUCAAUGGCAAAGCAGUACCGGAACAUUGGCGAGGACGUGUGGAAGAACAAGGUCGAGAAGGUCGUAAGUGUCAGUCUGACAGAGACGCACGCCCUAGAUAAAAAAAAACCAAAGAGACUGCUGCUCUAAAAGAAAAAUGCCUCUAGAAUGCCGAGCUUUUUAUUUUCACGUACGGCUCGCUGGUGGUGCAACUGGUCAAGGACUACGAAGACUACCAGGCUGUGAACAAGCAGCUGGAUAAGCUCGGCUACAACAUCGGCGUGCGCCUAAUCGACGAUGUGCUGUCCCGUAC